AUGAAAAAUAGAAAGAAAUUUACUACAGAAGGGGGAAAGAGAAUUGAUUUAAGUUAUGCAACAAUUACAACUAAAACGGAUUCUUCUUUAGCUUGUGCCAGUCUUUGUACAAGCGAUGUAGAUUGUGUCACAGCAAGUUAUGAUAACUCAACAAAACAAUGCUUAUUGAAUACCGACUGUAUCCCAAUUGCAGAAAAAUGGCAAAAUGCGGUUCUCAUCCGAAUAGCAAACAGACCAACUGACUGUGGGGACCUGGACAAAUCAACUUCCAAUAGUGGGCUUUACAAGAUCUUCACGGAAUUCUUUUUAUGUUUCAAGGUUUUCUGUGAAAUGGAGAAACACGGCGGGGGCUGGACUGUUUUCCAACGUAGAAUGAACGGUGAGACAAACUUCUACAGAGACUGGAACGCUUAUAAGCAAGGUUUUGGUGACCUGAGACAGGAAUUUUGGUUGGGUAACGACUAUCUGCAUCUGCUGACCUCUCAAGGACACUACAGGUUGAGGAUUGAUAUGGAAGACUUUGAUAACAAUAAAACGUAUGCGCUGUAUCACCACUUCAGCAUUGGUGGUGAAAGUUCUGGUUAUAUUUUGAGUGUCAGUGGUUAUUCUGGUGAUGCAGGAGAUUCGAUGACAUUUCAGAACGGACAGAAAUUCUCCACAAAAGAUAGAGAUAAUGACAUAUGGGGCAAUGAUUGUGCAGAGGAAAGUAAGGGUGCUUGGUGGUAUAGCACAUGUCACUAUAGUAACCUGAAUGGCCUCUAUUUGGAAGGAUACAUGAAUGAUUCAUACGCUGAUGGCGUCAUUUGGCAAACCUGGAAGGGCUUUCGAUACUCACUGAAAGAAACAAUCAUGAUGAUCCGCAAAGUCUAA